AUGGUCAAAUCGGAAAGUGCUGAUGAGGAAUCGAUGGUAAGCAGUGAUAAGGUGAGCGGUAAUGAAGAGGAAGACGAGUUCUGUCAUUGGUCGCACCCACAAAGGAGAGCUUCAUCAUCUGGGAGAAAUGCGGAAGAGGAGACGCAGCAGAACGGUGGCUGUGCACUUCCGGCAAAUGACGAGCAGGCGGGAAGAAGAAUGAGACGCCAAAUUGCAAACUGUAAUGAGCGGAGAAGAAUGCAAAGUAUUAAUGCUGGGUUUCAAAGUCUGAGGUCACUUUUACCAAAAAGGGAUGGAGAAAAAAUGAGCAAAGCUGCAAUUUUGCAACACACUGCGGAGUUGAUUCAGACUCUUCAAGCAGAAAAAAAUCGGUUGUUGGAGGAAAAGGAAGCUGCGAUACAGUCUAAAAAACGGCGGCUGGAAGAUGAAGAAGCGCGGGAUAGAGGGAUUGUUAAUGAGCUGACCUCGGCACUGGAACGUGAAAGGCGGUUGCGCCAACUGUAUGAGCAACAGUUACGUGAAAGGCGACCAGCCUCUCCAAUGUUGUCACCUAUAGCUGUGUCCACAAACCAGCCAUCUGGUAUCAGUCAUUCUUCUAUCGACCCAUCAGUACUCCCGGCACCGAAUGAUAUUCCUGGUUUGAUUCAGCAUCAACUUUUAACGCUGAAUGGCUUUGUCGGUACAACACCAUAUUUACUUCGUACUCAAGGCGGAUAUGGUUCAGCGCCACUGGGCGUUGACCGAAGUAUCCCUACAACAUGCAACAGUACUUUGACGACAUCAACAGCUAUGCAAGAUACUCAUCAGACACAACAGCAACAGACCUCUCAGAUCAAUAUUGAUGUCGUUUCUCGGACGCCACUGCUCAUGAAUUCUACCCAAGAUCGUUCGCCGCAGAGUUUAAGCGAGGCAAAUCUGAAUGCAAUCUUAGAAGCGAUUCAUCAUCUUGAGGGUGGAUCUGAUAUUGUAACGGCUUCGCCUCCACCAGCGUUACAGCAGUCGAAUGUUCUUGUUCGUUAG